ACAACCGGAAGUGUACGGUGAAGCUUACAAGCGGCUAGCAGUGUUGUGGGAACGGCUCUCAGUGUUACCAUUUUAGCGUUUCUUUCUCCACGUCUGGUUUCCAGCACAAACAACAAUGUCUGAAAGAAAAGUAUUAAAUAAAUACUACCCCCCGGAUUUUGAUCCAUCCAAAAUCCCAAAACUUAAACUCCCUAAAGAUCGUCAGUAUGUGGUCCGAUUGAUGGCUCCAUUCAACAUGAGGUGUAAAACAUGUGGCGAGUACAUCUACAAGGGGAAGAAGUUCAACGCUCGCAAAGAGACGGUUCAGAAUGAGCUGUACAUGGGACUUCCUAUCUUCCGUUUCUACAUCAAAUGUACUCGAUGCCUUGCUGAGAUUACAUUCAAGACCGACCCAGAGAACACAGACUAUGCCAUGGAGCACGGUGCAACACGAAACUUCCAGGCAGAGAAACUGAUUGAGGAAGAAGAGAAGAGAAUCCAACAGGAGAGGGAAGAAGAGGAACUGAACAACCCUAUGAAGGUGUUGGAGAACCGCACAAAGGAUUCCAAGAUGGAGAUGGAGGUUCUGGAGAACCUCCAGGAGCUGAAGGAGCUGAACCAGAGGCAGGCUCAGGUGGACUUUGAGGGAAUGAUCGACCGGUACAGAGAGCUGGAGAAGAGAGAAAAGGAAAGGGAGAAAGAAGAGGAUGAGCGAGAGACAAAAGAGAUGUUGGAUCGUGCCCUGGUGAAAAGACUCCGAGAUUCUGACUCUGAUUCAGACGAGGAGGAGGAGAGCAGCAGCUCGCAGUCAAAGCAACCCAGCACAGACAAACCAACAGACAUCCUCACUGCUGUCAAACCCACAGACACACAGGGAACCUCAGCCAGUGGAGUGAAGAAGGCCAAGGUGGAGAGCUGGGAGAGGAGUGUGGGGACGCUGGGCAGUAAAGGGGCACUGGGGUCCCUGGUUGUACGAAAGAAACCAACAGCUGCAGUCAACAAACCCAGUCCAACGGCAGUCGCUGCUGCUCCCACGUCACAAACAGAUUCAAAGGCAUCCGCAGCUGACUCCAAGAAUGCAUCUCAGCCCGUCACCACGCAAAAUGGGUCGUCAUCUCUCAGCCUGCUGGGGGCGUAUUCAGACAGUGACAGCAAUGACAGCGAAUGAAUAGAAGAUGCUCCGGAUGGUUUUUGAUUUGAGUGACUGACACAUAAUUAUAUAAAUGAUGCAUAAAGGAAUAUAAUUAUAUGGACCGUUUUGUGUUGCUGCACAGAAAUCAAAAUCACUUGUAAACCAGUUUGUGGGUCUGUCCUAUCAAAACCUUUCUGCAAAGAGGCGACUGGUGAUAAGUCAGUUUGUUGGUGAGCAGGAAUUCUAUCGUCCGCUAUCCAAAACCCAGUAAAAACCAAAAUAAUCUCCCUCAGCUGAGCCACUGGUUCAUGGUUUGUGUUGUUACUGAGGAUUUAAUAGAAAAAAUGUUAAUGUUUGAACUUUGUGACUCAGAUUUUUCCUGGGAAAGUACCAGGUGUAUAUUUUAGUGUUUAUUAAAAUCUGUUUAACAUUAA